AUGGCGGCGGACGAGACUCAGAUAGCUGCGAGUGUGCAGACCCGCGCGGCGCAAGUGCAGGGGCUGCUGGCCCAGCGCAAGCACGAGGAGGCGGUGCGCGCUGCGCUGGAAGACCCGCCGCUGCAGUCGAAGAACAACGCGGUGAAGGACGAGAACGCCAAGGUCGUCAUGACUGCGCUGCUGGCGUGCAACAAGGGCGAGAUGCAGCGUGCGAUCGACUCGCUUGGCGUCGCGCUGGAGGACAGUCUCAUGAAGUACCUCAUGCGGUUCCUCGGCAUCGCGUCGCAGAGUGCAGCGAUGCUCGAGUGGCACCAGAAGUUGGUGCUCAAGGCCGGCUCGGGCUGCGUGAUGCGCGCGUUUACAGAGCGCAAGCAGGUCUGA